UUCUCUCUUGAAUUCUAUUCGUCCUUUGCUCUUUCUCAUGUGUUCCAUGCAGAUCGGCAUAAGCACCACUCUUCCCGCUAAAAACUUGCACGUCUUCCAAGCUGGGCGGGCAAGUUUCAAGUGCCGGCAGCCAUCACUUCUAAACCCUUUAACCAAACCCAAUCCCUCGUCUCAAAAGCCUGCAUCUUCCACUGAGUUGACUCAGCAACACCUUUCCAACCUCGAAAACCUGCUCCAGAAAAAAAACCAACCCGAGCCUAAACAAGUUACCAAGCACGCCAUCGAGAACAGAGGUAGGGGUUUACUCGAAGGGCUUAAUCUUUCGAGGAUUUGGCCUGAAACGAAAGCCGCCGAAGAGAUGUCCCCGCGUCAUUUGAAUAGGCUUAAACGGCUUUUAUCGAAGACCAUGGAGUAUUCGCCCAGGAACAACCUCGGUUGUCGUUGGAGGGAAUACCAUGGAUGCAAUGAUUGGUCCGGAUUGCUUGACCCGCUCGAUGAAAAUCUAAGGCGGGAAGUGGUGAGAUACGGGGAAUUCGUUCAAGCUGCUUACCAUGGUUUCCAUUGUAACCCCGCUAUGUCGACCGACGAAGCUCCGCUGCCGAGGCACGUGGCAUUGCCUGAUAGGUGUUAUAAGGUGACCAAGAGUCUUUACGCCACCUCCUCUAUCGGGUUGCCGGAAUGGGUGGACGACGUGGCUCCGAAUCUUGGGUGGAUGACCCAACGGUCUAGUUGGAUCGGGUUCGUUGCGGUUUGUGACGACAACAGGGAGAUUCAACGUAUGGGAAGAAGAGAUAUUGUUAUUGCUCUACGCGGGACCGCUACGUGCAUGGAAUGGGCUGAAAAUUUAAGAGCCCAAUUGGUUUCGAUCCCUGAAUCGGAUGAUUCGACCCAAAAGGUGGAAUGUGGAUUCUUGAGCUUGCAUAAAACGCGUGGCAUUCACGUCCCGAGUUUGGCUGAAUCUGUGGUUGAAGAAAUGAAAAGGUUGAUCCAAGCAUACAAAGGUGAAACCCUUAGCAUAACAAUCACAGGGCAUAGCCUCGGUGCUGCACUUUCUCUUUUAGUCGCAGAUGAAAUCAGUUCAUGUGUGUCUCAAGUGCCCCCUGUCGCGGUAUUUUCUUUCGGAGGUCCUCGAGUUGGUAACAAAGGUUUUGUCAAUCGGCUCAACGAAAAAAAUGUUAAAGUACUACGAAUUGUGAACGAUCAAGAUUUAAUCACUAGGGUUCCCGGUGCAUUCAUUGGAGAUGGAUCAAAACAGCAUCAAAAAGAGAAACGAAAAAAUGAUAGUUUCGAAAGAGUUUUUGAUGUGAUUGAUGAUAAUAAUCCAUGGGCAUACUCUCAUGUCGGAACUGAAUUAAGGGUCGACACUAAGAUGUCGCCCUAUCUAAAACCGGAUGCGGACGUGGCAUGUUGUCACGAUUUAGAGGCAUAUCUACACUUGGUUGACGGGUUUUUGUCAUCUAAUUGCCCUUUUAGGUCAAAUGCGAAGAGAAGCUUAGUGAAAUUAGUUCAUGAUCAAAGAUCAAAUAUGAAACAGUUGUACACUCAUAAGGCCUUGAGUUUGAACCUUGAAAGGGAUAGAGUUAGGGUCCCCAUUCCUAGUUGUUUACCAAGUCCAUCUAGUUAA